AUGUACAAAGAGUUAAUGAGGGUGGCUGUUAUUUUCCAAAAUUCUGAUGGUGAACCUCCUCUUGAACGUGACCUUCUUAUUCAUUGCCCAAUCUACAGAUCAAACAAAAAAACAGAAAGAAUAAGUGUCUUAGAUCCUAAUCUUGAACCAUUGCUGUAUCCUUUGUUGUUUCCAUAUGGGGACCAAAGUUGGGGUUCCAACAUUGCUCUUAACUACAGGCCAACAUCAAUUAGUGAUGUACAAAGAAGAGUAACCACCAAUCCAAGGAUAAGAGUUAGUCAAAUGAAAUACUACUCUUACAGAAUUUCAACGGAUCAAUUUAAUCCUUUCCUUAGUGCUGGCAGGUUGACGCAGCAGUACUUUAUUGAUGCUUAUGUCAAGACUGAGGCCAACAGACUCAACUAUAUCCAUCAAAAUCAAUCAAACCUUUGCAUUGAAAAAUAUACAGGAUUAAUGGAUUACAUUCAAAGUGAAGCUGCUGCACAGGGCCUGAUGCCUGGAAAAGCAGUUAUUUUGCCAUCAACUUUUCAGGGAAGUCCACGAAAUAUGGCCCAAAACUACCAUGAUGCUAUGGCCAUUGUUAGAAAAUAUGGAAAACCGGAUUACUUCAUCACCAUGACCUGCAACCCUAAAUGGCCUGAGAUAGUUGAUAACCUAUUAGAAGGUCAAGCAGUGGAGUUCAGACCAGAUUUGGUAGCAAGAGUUUUCAAUCUCAAACUAAAUUCUCUUUUGCAUGAUAUCUUAAACAAACAUGUUCUUGGAAGUCCUUGCGCAAAAGUGCAUGUUAUAGAGUUUCAAAAAAGAGGACUACCACAUGCUCAUAUCCUUUUAAUAUUGAAAGCCGAAGACAAGCCAAAUGAUGCUGAAACCAUUGACACUUUUAUAUCAACUGAAAUUCAUGAUGAACAUAUUUUUCCCAGACUACAUGCUAUUGUAAUAAAGCAUAUGAUACACGGUCCAUGUGGAGAACAUAAUUUAAAUUCUCCGUGCAUGGUUGAUGGUAAUUGCAGCAAGAAUUUUCCUAAAAAAUUUCAAGAACAAACUUUAAUUAAUGUUGAUGGACAUCCUCGAUAUCGCAGACGAAAAAAUGAGACCACAGUAAUUGUCAAAGGCAAAAAAAUUGACAACUCUUGGGUAGUUCCAUAUAGCCCAUACUUCUGCUUGAAAUACAACUGCCAUAUAAAUGUAGAGAGUUGUGUUUCUGUUAAAAGUGUUAAAUAUCUCUUCAAAUAUGUAUAUAAAGGUUACGAUUGUGCAAAUAUUUCCAUUAAGGAACAUAAUACACUACAGCAUGAUGAAAUUCAAAAUGAUACAAGAUAUGUCAGUGCUCCUGAAGCUGUUUGGAGGUUGUAUGGUUUUUUGAUGCAAGAUCAAACACAUACAAUAAUAAGACUUCAAUGUCAUCUUCCAGGCGAACAAGAUGUAUAUUUCCAAAAUGGUAACAUACAAUUAGCUGCAGAAAAGGCACAAGACAGGGAUACCACUUUGACAGCAUACUUUAAGUUGAAUGAUGAUGCUGCACGGGAAUUUUUUUACUCUGACAUUCCUCAACAUUAUGUAUUUGAUGUAAAAACCCGAGCAAAAUCCUUUAAGGACUUACGCACUGUUAAUGGACAAGUUUGUCACACAUUCAAAGAAGCUGCCCAAAAGCUUUCACUUUUAGAUGACGACGCUACAUGGGAUCUUACACUUAACGAAUCAGCAUCUCAACAAAUGCCUAAACAAAUGAGGGAACUGUUUGCUUAUUUGUGUAUCUUUGUUGUCCCACCUAAUGUGCCACAACUCUUUGAAAAAUACAAAAAUGAUCUUUAUGAAGAUUAUUCACGUCAUGAAGGCCACAUAGAUGAUUGCAAAAGUUGUAAAAAUGUAGCAUUAACAGAUAUUCUAAAUGUUCUCAUAUUACAUGGUAAACGUUGUGAAGAUUUUGGACUACCCAAUCCAUCAAACUUCAUUCCAGACAUGCAAUUCAACUAUGUUACACAGUUGGAAGCCCAAGUUGGAGCACAACUUCAAGAAGCACUAAACAUCGAGCAAAAGCUGCAUUUGACAAUGUAA